AGUUGACAGUUUCCUGGCUGGUAAACCUUUAGAUACUUAUAAAUCUGGGAGUAAACUUAUAAAUCAGGGUUUAGAGCAGAUUGAUGUAAAGAACAAAACCGUUCUUAUUAUUGGUACACAGAAGCCAUGGAUCGAAGCAAUUGUCCUCUCCAAGGAUCCAGCACUUGUUAUGACUCUUGAGUAUGGGAUGUUUAAAAGUGAAUUUCCAAAAUUAGAAUUUGUAACUCCAGCAGUUUUCAGGGAAAGGUUUAAAAAGCAGGAACUUCCACUUUUUGACGUGAUAAUUUCCUACUCCUCAUUGGAGCAUUCAGGACUAGGACGAUAUGGAGAUGCAAUAAACCCAUGGGGAGAUAUUUUAACCAUAGCAAGAGCCAGCUGUGUAUCCAGCCCAGAUGCCAAGCUAGUGAUUGGUGUGCCUGUUGCCGGAGUAGACAGAUUAGAAUUCAAUGCUGCCAGAGUUUAUGGACCAAUCUUAUAUCCGUAUUUGGUGACAAAUUGGAAAUUCUUUUGGACAUCUGCAGGAAAUUUUACCCCUGCUCCUAACCAGGAUGUUUCAUACCAACCUGUUUAUAUAUUUGAGAAAAAUCAUAAGUAAUGUAGAUAUUCAGUGUAAUAUAAUUUAACCCUUAAUGGGCUAGGAAAGUUGGAGAGGAGUUUUUUUUUGUCGUAGCACUCCUAUUUUUGAAGCUAUCACUGUGAAAUUUUGUGA